AUGCUGGGCGCUUUCCGCCGUUCCGCCGGCGCCGUCCAUGCGCUGCGAGCUUCACGAUCUCUGCUGGCCAGAUCGAUUCCUCAGCAACCCCAAUGGCUCUCUGCUUCAGCGCCUGCGGUCUCAUACGGUGCUCGCGCCCUCUACCACCCGUCUCCGGCUUUUCUUGAUGCCAGAGCAGCAGCUCAGGCACAACUCAAUGUCGCCGCCGACAUCGAGCCCCGGCUACCCAGUACCGAUUUCCACAGCCUGGCACAAGACGGCCUGGUCAACGACAGACUGAUCCGAACCGUGACAAAUUCCAUGAAGAUUCAAACCAUGACUGAUGUCCAAGCCAAGACGAUCCGUGAAACACUGAGCGGCGAUGAUGUCUUGGCACAGGCAAAGACCGGAACCGGAAAGACCCUUGCGUUCUUGAUCCCCGUCAUCCAGCGCCUUCUCAAUGAUCCGUCGAUCAAACGCUCGCGUCCCGGAUACCGGGGGAGAAAUUCACCCGACAUUCGGGCGAUUGUCAUCUCUCCGACUCGUGAGUUGGCAGAACAGAUUGCCAACGAGGCACAACGCUUGGUGUCUGGAUUGGGUUUGGCCGUGCAGACGGCAGUUGGCGGCACUCAAAAGAGAUUGCAUCUAAACAAGAUCCGGACCGAGGGCUGCAAUAUCUUGGUUGGAACUCCUGGUCGUCUGAAGGAUCUUCUUUCCGAUCCCUACAGCGGUGUCAAGGCGCCGCAGCUUCAAGCUCUCGUCUUCGACGAGGCUGACCGCUUGUUGGAUGAUGGCUUCUCGCAAGAGAUCGGUGAGAUCAAGGACCUCCUGCCAGCACCCGAGGAGGUCGACCGCCAGACCCUGAUGUUUUCCGCCACCGUACCAGGUGAGGUUAUGGACAUGGUGCGUCAGACUAUGAAGCCUGACUUCAAGUUCAUCAAGACUGUUAUGGAGGAUGAGGUGCCCACCCACUUGCGGGUGCCCCAGAAGGUCGUCUACCUGGAUGGCUUCCAGAACGGCUUGCCUGCUAUUCUGGAGCUGGCAAAGAAGGGUUACGCUGAAAACUCGCAUUUCAAGGCCAUUGUCUACCUGAACGCAACGACGAUGGUCUCGCUGGCCAACGACGUUUUCCGGCGGCUUCAGAAUGAUCCUGAGGAUCGUACCAAAGGACAUGCUCUUGGCCGCCUCCCUAUCUACCAAAUCCAUUCGCGGCUGACUCAGGCGCAAAGAACUCGUGUCACGAGUACUUUCCGCAGCGCGUUCCGCGGCAUUCUCUUCUCCUCCGACGUGACAGCCCGUGGUUUGGAUUUCCCCGACGUCACGCACGUCAUCCAAUACGGACUUCCCAACGAGCGUCAGACCUACAUCCACCGCGUGGGGCGCACGGGCCGUGCGAACAAGGAAGGUGAGGGCUGGAUCUUGCUGCACAAGAACGAGAAGCGUGCCUUCAAACAGAUAUUGGGCGACCUGCCUAUCGAGGAGGAUCAGACCUCGGUUCCCGUUGCGCAUAUCAACAUGCGCGAAGAGAUCGAGGAUGAUGGCUCAGAGACGAGCCGAACUCUACAACAAUACAAGUUUGCCGCGCAGGAGGUUCCCAUCGACGAUCGAGUGGAGGCAUGGAGGUCCCAAGCGGGUACCAUCAUAGGCAAACUCCAACCUCUGUCGGCGACCCUGCCUGCCAUGCAUGACCUGUGCACGUACGGAUACUUGCUGCCCAAGCCUCCGCAGCUCCCCUUGAGGAUCCAACAAGCUCUGGAGAGGGGCGACAAGCCCCCUCCGAGGUCCAAGCGUGGUGGACCCCGCGACUUCAGGUCCCGGGAUUCCUACAAGCCCCGUUCCAGUGGUGGCUACAAUGACCGCUAUAAUGACCGCUACCAACACUCUUCAUCCCGCGAUUCCCGCAAUCCUUGGAACGAGAGAGGCUCCUCUCGUGGCCGUCGCGAGGGCCGUCGCGAGAGCCGCUCCUACAACCGCUACUGA